UCAGAGAGCAGCUCUGCAGCCUGCCGCAUACAUAGCUAUGAAAGCUGCUUUGUUCUCCACAAAAAACAAAAAAAACUCUAGAGGCUAAAAGCUGGCAUGCUCGCUUUCUGUAGAUUAGAGAUGGAAGCACAGAUCCUGAGAGGCAAGAAGCAAACAAGAAGCUCAGAAAAUACAAAAUAGGUUUGCAGAUCUAAUCAAGGAAGGUGAACGCCGGGAAUGUGCUGUUCCUUCACAAGUUUCUAGUUCUUUUCCAGGGAGACAAACGUCAGAGUCUUACAAAAAUGUGGACCUUGGAAGUACUGAGUUAUCUGGAAGACAUUAUCAUCAGAAGUUUAUUAAUUCCUGCAAAUCGUAAUAACAGUAUAACUAUAAAUACCCAACAGGAAACAGCAGUGAUUAAUCAGCACCUGAAACAGUGACCUGAGCAGCUACACUAUUUCUCACAUGAUAACUGCACGAGGAAGGGAGCCCACUUUGCAAGACGGCAGCAGUUUUUUAAAGCUACUCGUCGAAGUAAUAGUGCAUAUAACCAAUGACUUAUUAAAGGACAAUCGGUGAACGGGCGUUGUUUUCUGUCCUGUGGACAGCAAAAGAAACUCCAGGCAUCAGCACUAUAGUAUCUCCGGGAGAUAAAGGCGGUCACAUAAAAAGGAGAUAAAUAAUUUUGAGGGAAUGACUGAUCCUGCUGUGUCCAUUGAGCACACCGGCAGAAAACUACCAAGACGCUGAAGAAUGCCGUGCGGUGUGGUCAAGUCCUUUCUGGUGAGCCUUUCUCAGAGGAAGCCCAUUGAGCCCGAUGGGGAAGAGUCUACAUUUAACCGAUGCCUGACCACCCUGGACCUGAUCGCCCUGGGUGUUGGGAGCACCCUGGGUGCUGGGGUCUACGUGCUCUCCGGAGAGGUGGCCAGAGAGACAGCAGGACCCAGCAUUAUCAUUUCUUUCUUCAUCGCAGCUUUGGCUUCUAUAUUUGCCGGACUGUGCUAUGCAGAGUUUGGAUCCAGGGUUCCCAAAACAGGCUCUGCUUACCUUUACAGCUAUGUGACUGUUGGAGAGCUGCUGGCUUUUAUCACCGGCUGGAAUCUGCUGCUCUCCUAUGUCAUAGGAACAUCAAGUGUUGCACUGGCGUGGAGUGGGACGUUUGAUGACCUGAUUGGGGGUGUCAUGUCCAAGUACUUUGAGGAAAAUGCAGCCAUGGACCUUCCUGGCUUGGCAGCUUAUCCAGAUGUCUUUGCAGCUGGUCUCAUCUUGUUGCUCUCAGGCGUGUUGGCAUUUGGGGUGAAAGAGUCAACAAUUAUCAACAAGAUCUUCACGGUGAUCAAUAUCUUGGUGCUGCUGUUUGUGAUAAUCUCUGGAUUUAUCAAAGGGAACAUCUCCAACUGGCAGAUCAGUGAAGAGGCUCUGAUAAAUGCCACAGCACAGUUUGACAACCUGAGCGAUACCAUCAAUGUAACAAGCAAAUAUGGAGUGGGGGGAUUUUUUCCUUUUGGCUUCGGCGGCACCGUGGCAGGAGCUGCAACAUGUUUCUAUGCUUUUGUUGGAUUUGACUGCAUUGCUACAACAGGUGAGGAGGUGAAGAACCCUCAGAAAUCUAUUCCUGUGGGCAUUGUGGCUUCACUUCUGAUAUGCUUCCUGGCCUACUUUGCGGUAUCUGCUGCCCUCACCUUGAUGAUGCCCUACUACAUGCUCAACAAGAAGAGCCCUCUGCCCGUGGCCUUUGAAUACGUCGACUGGGGACCCGCCAAAUAUGCCGUGGCUGUGGGGUCACUGUGUGCUCUGUCCACCAGCCUGCUGGGCUCCAUGUUCCCAAUGCCUCGGGUGCUCUUCGCCAUGGCAAGAGAUGGGCUUCUUUUCAAGCCUUUGACCAAAGUCACUGCUAAGGGCAGUCCUGCAAUAGCUACCAUAUCAUCUGGAAUUGUGGCAGCCAUCAUGGCUCUCCUGUUCAACCUGGAUGCCCUGGUGGAAAUGAUGUCCAUUGGUACACUGUUUGCCUACACACUUGUGGCAAUAUGCAUCUUGAUACUGAGGUACCAGGCAUGUCCAUCUGAAGACAGCGACCUACAGAUCAAGGAAUCCAACUCCAAGCUUGGAUUCCUGAAGCCUCCAUCAUCUCCCAACUCUGUCACGUCACAAAGAGUCACAAUUCUUACUAUAAGUUCUGUUGUGUGUGUGAUUGCACUCUGCGUCACCCUGACUCAAGCCAUUGACGCCCUGGUCAAUGUAGAGGCAUGGAGCGUGGUGCUUGUUUGCAUCUUUUCCUUCAUCCUGCUACUCAUUUUAACAUUUAUCUGGAUUCACCCGCAGAAUCCCUUAAAGGCAGCAUUUAUGGUGCCAUUUCUUCCAGUUCUACCUUUACUGAGCACACUCAUCAAUGUCUACCUGAUGGUGCAGCUAAGCCCCGCCACAUGGCUACGAUAUGCUAUCUGGAUGUUAAUUGGGUUAGUUAUCUAUUUUGGCUACGGAAUCCGAAACAGUGUUCAGAGGAAGCGGCUCAGGCUCGACAAGAACAACAUCGAAACAGUCAGCAGCAAAACAGACAUGAACAUAAUUAAAGAGGAGAGUUUCUGAGCCCAGAGGGAGUGAAGACAAAUACCCUGAGAUGCUACAAAGAGUAACUGCUUUAACUGUGUAACUACUGUUCUACAUGCAUCAACUACUAUCUACAUUUGUGGUGUUUAAUGCCCAAAAGUGCCAGUAAACAGGUUUACAGGAACAAGAUAUGCCCUUGCUGUAAAACAUUUCAUUCACUGCAACUUUAUUACAUCCUCUCAGUUAGAAACACUUAAAUAUUUGUACCGUAUAGCACACCACUGCACAUUCAGCAUGUUUAGAAUCAGACAAAAUAUAUUGUACUUCCUAAAAGGCUUUGGAGUGAAACUUUGACUAAUAUUUUAAAGUAAAAUGAAUUAUUUAACAUAUUUAUGUUGCUUCUCACAAAAUUGCUAUAAAAUGAAAAGACAAUAAAUAUAAUAGGCUAAUAAAUAAUAAAUAAUUUGACCAAUAUUCUGUGGAUAUUUAACAUUUUUAAAUAGUAAAAAUAAUGUUUUAUUAAAAGGUUUACCCUUUUAAUAUCAACAGUAAAAUGUUUAAAUUGGUCUCAUUAUGUAAUUGUAAUGAUUAUUAUAAGUGGUAUGUCUGUUUUAUUCGCUUUUUGUUUUGCUUCAUUAACUUAUAGUGUUAUGCAGAGAAAGAUGGUCUAUUUACAAAAUGCCAUUUUGUGUACAUCAUAGUUGUUUAGUCCUUUUUUGUUAAUACGUUUAAAUAUAACUGUUUAAAAUUGCUUUGUGUUUUUACAUGUAAAUAUGGUAAUUAUACAUAUUUGCUAUAAAUGUACUUCUUAAUUUAAAAAGAACAAAAAAUCAAGUUUCAAUUGUAAUCUGGAGUUACUUUUGUCGCAGGUUGACUGAAAGUAAAAUAAAUAAAUGAAUAAAUAAAUA